AUGCCAUUUGUUCGAGACCAUUCGACAAAAGAGCUUCUCCAGCAGGAUAGCUACAAGCAGCGCCAGGAAAGACCGCGCGGAGGUGGUAUACACGAAGAUGUUGAGGAGGAGGAAGAGGCACAGCGCCCUGGAGGCUAUAUUCCUGUUGCAGGGCAGCCGAUGCCGCAGACACAGAGAAAGCUCCCGCCUUCCGAUGUGGUGAUGGUCUUCCCAUACAAGGAAGGUGCCGUUCCGCAUGUUCCGCUUGUGGGGCAGCCCACUCCUCUGGCUGAGCUUGAGGUUGAGUAUGCUGAGAAUCCGGCUUUUCUCGCAAAGGUGAAGGGCCUGGAAGAGCGCUUCGCAAGCUUGCGGAGAACAUCUCCGGAUGGCAACUGCUUUUAUCGUGCGUACCUGUUUGGCAUCUUUGAGCAGCUUGCUGGCAACAAGGAGCGCCAAGCAGCACUGACCAGCCGCCUCGCGGGGGCGUUGGAUCUUUGUAUUGAAGCGGGCUACCAGAAGGUCGGCAUUGAAGGCUUCUACGAGGAGUUUAUGGAGAGCAUAGAAAGAUUGGGUGCAGAAGGCUCUUCGGUUUCGACCGUCGAGGCUGUCAUGGAGGAGAACAGUGAUUACCUCGUGUGCUGGGCACGUGUCCUUACGUCCGCCUAUCUGAAGCGUCGGGCAGAGGAUUUCAGUGGAUUCCUGACAGCGCACUCCUCCAUCGAGCAAUUCUGUGCACAGGAGGUUGACCCCGUAAACACUGAAGCCGAUCAUCUUCAGAUAAUGGCGCUUUCUGCGUUUCUGUCGGUCCCUGUGACUGUUGUCUACUUGGACAGAUCUACGGGAGAUGCUGCCGAACAUCCAUUCGCGCAUGACUCAACUCUGCCGUUUGCACCUGUGCAUUUGCUCUACCGACCUGGGCACUACGACGUGCUUUACCCAAGCGGAAGCUCGUGGCCUCCGACAACCUACCGAGGAACAGAUUCGCCAGAUGGAGUCCUGGCGAAGCGCAAUACCGUCAUCCACACAUUAAGCGACACAGGGUUGGUGUUGAUGCUGUACUAUUCUCGAGAUCGAGACGAGAUUUUUGUUCGCAUAGCAGCUGACCCACAGCAUUUGCGGCAGGUAGCAGAGAUGAUUCGGUAUCAACUGGAGCUGAAACCGCAGUACUUGUCUGCCUUUGCAGACUACAAGAAUGACUAUGCAGGGCGACGCGAUAUGAACUAUCGUGACCGAUGCGUUGUGUCGCACCUGUAUGAAACACAUGCUGACAAAGAAAAAGAAGGUGACUACCCGCAGAAAGAUGCCAUUUUCCGCACCGUGGACCGCCUCCGUCUCAUUGAUCACAUUGUGCGCAGUGGCGACCGAAGUUGUGCUGGCAUUGAUGUUGGGCAGCUGUUGCACGAUGGCGACCUGAUCCACUACUUUCCUCUGCAUGAGCAAGGAAAGUUACAGGAUAUGGACAAGGAUUGGUUCAAGACCUUCGUCAUGGGCCGCAACAUCCACAAGGUCCGAGAUUACUUCGGCGAGCGUAUCGCGCUGUAUUUCCUGUUCAUGUCUCACUUUAUCAAAUGGAUGGUGAUACCAACCUUGAUUGGCUGCUUCUGUUGCGUGCUGGAUCUGUUCAUGCAGACGCCCAACAAUUGGACAGCGGCUUUCUUGUGCGUAGGUGUGGGGCUUUUCUCAACUACGUUCAUACACUUCUGGCGCAGAAAAUCCAACCUGUAUGCCUUAAAGUGGGGCACGUUCUCAAUGAAAAAGAAGCCUGAGCCAACCAGACCAGAGUUCUAUGGAGUGAGCCGCAUCAACCCGGUGACGAGCAGGGUCGACAGGUUCUAUCCGUGGAGCGAGAGGAUUUGGAAGGUUCUUUUCAGCUACUCUGUCAUCACGGUAUCUCUCAUCGCGCUUUUUUUCGUGGUGGGCAUUCUCAUGGUGCUCCGCCACAUUUUCCACAAGAAUGGCGGGCGGAUUACCUUUCAGGUCAUCAAUGCACUGAUUGUGGAGUUGCUGAACACGCUCUUCACAAUGCUCGCAAACUGGCUGACGGACCGGGAGAACCACCGAUCCUAUUCAGAGCAUGCGAAUCAUCUCUUGGCGAAGAUGGUGGUCUUCAAGUUCAUCAACUGCUAUGUGUCGCUGUACUAUAUUGCCUUUUUGAAGGCUCAUUCAUAUCUUUUCGGAAUGCCGAUGACUUGCGUCAACGAUGACUGUCUCAACGACUUGGGCUCCCAGCUUGCAAUCUUCAUGAUCAUGAGGCUGACCGUGCAGAACAUGAUUGAACUCGGAGCUCCGUAUGCAGUCAUGUACUACAGGGAGUACACAGAAGGAAAUACAUUCAAGACUUCCCUGUUUACGAACCCGAUGACCAUAAUGCCAGAUCUGUCGAGCCCGGAGAAGCAGAGCAAGAAGGAGGACUAUGACGUGUACCAGGACAUGGACGAGGUGCUGAUCCUGUAUGGCUACACAGUGCUCUUCGUAGUCGCGUGUCCUUGGAUUCCGCUCAUUACCAUGAUCAGUCUUGUCCUGGAGUGCUUCAUGGAUCAGAAGAAGCUCGUGCUUUUGUUCCGUAGGCCUUUCCCAUCCCCAGCCUCCAACAACGAGCCUUGGGAUACCGCUUUCGACGUGUUUGGUAUGAUUGCAAUGGCCACCAACACUGCAGUUGUCGUUUUUGCUUCGAACGUAUUUGCGAACUGGAGUCACCACCACAAGAUUCUGCUGUUCCUGGUUGUGGAGCAUUGCAUGAUCGGAUUCAGGAUACUUAUGUCGACACUGUUUCCCGCUGUUCCCUAUGAGGUGCGGAUGCUUGCCAUGCAGCAGCAGGUCAUGGUGCACAGGCACCUCAAUCUCGGCGGAGAGGAGGAUGAUCACGAGACCCGUGCCAGUGCCAUGAUGGCCACAGCGCAGCCUCCUCCGCUUGUACAUGACGCGGAUGAGGAGGAGGACGGCCAGACUGAAGUCUACUGCGAAAUCGGCAGAGACCGCCUUGACAUCUUCAGCCAGCUGGGCGGCGCCCGUCACACAGACUUCACCCUGCAGCGCGGAGCACCCAGCUUCACGGUGGUUGAUGACUCAGCCACAUUGUCGAAUCAGCUUCUGGAGCAACCGUUGGAACGACCCACUUCUGCUGUUGCUUCAUGUCAAAGCGCACGCGGGCAGAGUGCCCGUGUGACUAAUCCGUUUCACCAAACUCCUGCCAAGCCUUCCUGGGCCAAUCUCACGGAGGGUUGCUUUCGGACAGCCUGGCGCGUUCUUUGCAGAUGGCCUCAGGCCAGCAGAAACCAAGACGUCCCAGGACAAAAUGUUCACUUUGAAGUCGACAAGGAUGGGCCACGAGACUUACAGGCAGAUCCGGCCGACGGUUCUUGCUCUCAGGCAACAAUUCCGACCCUUCUCGCAACGGGGUCGGUGUGGUUGAAAGUGCUGAGCUUCUGCAGCGGCCAUGAGGCCCUGACCGUGGUACCGUGCUGUGUAGCAACCCUCGCCUGCGCGCACGAUGGUCAGGGCCGCUUGCUUGCUGGCUCUGUGACGCUUUUGCGCGCGAGCGCUGCGGAUCAGCUUGCCAGGAUCUCACCGCACUUGCUUGUCAAGUUAAGUCUUCCCAGUCUGGCUUCAGGCGCUGAAGGUGAGCAGACGCUGAAGAUGCUGGCUGGGAUGCGAGAGCAGCUGAGAGCACUGAAGGAAGUGUCCGUGCACAUUGCUCCGCCGCGGCUUCCUAGGGUAAGUGGAGAAAGCCGUGAAGAUCGCACGCAAGCUGUGUCAGGCUUGGCCAGUGCAUUGUCAGCAGCCUUGCCGUGGUGUUUGGACUCCUUCCAUGCGAAUUUGCGUGGAGGGUGUUUGCUAGCUGACGAUUCUGUCCUCGCUGAGCUGGUGAGUGCAACGCCAAAGCAUUUAACGCGGCUGGGCCUUGACUUGAACUCCUUCAGCUGCAGAGAUGCGCAUGCUGUGGCAAGAGUGAUCGCCAGAGUCACCGGCUUGCGGGAACUUCGUCUCCUUUUCCACGGCCGCUCCUUCGCCUGGCUGGGGACCGGCACCGAGGAUGCAGGCACCGAGGAGCUCGCCUCCGCGUUGCCUGCCGGGCUAGAGAAGCUGCACCUAAUGCUGGAGUCCUCUUCCCAGGGCGCCACCGCGCUGUGCAAGGCUCUGCCCACCAGCUUGCAGCAGCUCGCAUUAGACCUACAGGUCACAGCCCCCAAUGCCAACACCUCGCUGGCACAGGCUUUGGCAGCGGCUCUUGGUGGCUUAAGCGUGCUUCAGCUGCGGCUCGGUGACUUCAACAUGAGCCUGAAAGAUCUCAGGACUCUUGUGGGUGCCCUGCCGCACUCACUAUGUGACCUACGUCUGGACCUUUGCUGUCGUGAUAUUGGUGAUGAUGGAGCAAGCGCACUAGCGACCAACUUGCCCAAAGGCCUGGAACGUGUCACUCUUUGCCUUCGAGACUGGCGCUUCACCGCUGUCGGUGUCCGACUACUUGUGGCAGCCAUACCGAGAAGCGCCAGGCAAGAGCGCAUCGGGUCAAGAUGGUGCACAAUGCUGGAGCAGAUAGAGUCAGGCGACUCUGGCCUCGUGCAAGUUUGGCGCCAGGAAGGUGAACCUGCACCAAACAUGUCAGAUUCCUUGCGCAUGUUGGCUCAGGGGCAGCAGCGGUCAGUUCAGACACUUGAAUUAACGCCUAACCGCGAACAGCGAGAGCUGUUUGAGAUCAUCCUUGGAAUCAAGGCGUCCAGACCUUUGCUUGUUCUUGGAAAACGUGGCCGUGGAAAGUCCGCAGCUUUGGGCAUGGCUGCAGCUGUACUCUUGCAAAGGACAGGUGGCCGGAUCUUGGUCACAUCUCCAAGCAAGGAUGCAUCUUCUCAGCUUUUUUGGGCUGCCGAAUGUUUCCUUGGAAGCGAUACUUUGCGAAAGGUUGGACCUUGCAAGCUAUUGUUUGGAAGAAAGGGAAGUCUGGAGUUUGUUGCACCAGAGCGUCUUGCCGAAGCCGGCCGAAUCCAGUUGAAAGAAGCCUUCCUAAUUGUCGAUGAGGCCGCUGGUUUCCCAGUUAAUUUCACGGCAAGCAUAUUGCAAAGAGCUGGUAGGGUCUUGCUGGCCACCACUUUGGACGGCUAUGAAGGCAGUGGGAAUGGCUUCUUGAUUCGGGCAAUUCCGCAGCUUCGUGCUGCACGCAGAGGACUCCAGAUUCGGGAGCUCCAGACGUGUUGGCGCUGGGCUCAUGGCUGCCCUCUGGAGGUCCUUUCACGUGCGGCCCUGCUUCUGGAUGCGGCGCCAGCGACAGUUAGCCAAGACAAAGCUGACACGAUCGCAAAGUCGGCUGUCCUUGAAGUUGUUGACCAGACUGUUAUCGACGAUGAUGGCCGUUUGAAGGAACUAUACGGUCUCCUCCGCGUGGGCCACUACAAAACCAAGCCAUCUGAUCUCGAGACCUUCCUCGAUGCGAAGGGUAUCAUUUGGCUUGCUCUGCGACACGAGAGCCGUUACUAUGGCAUCACCAUUUCAGGCAUUGAGGAGCCAGUGCUGGAUAUGGAUAAGGCUCACUCCCUGUGGCUGGCGAGGUGUCAGGUCGCGGCGAACCUCACUGCACAGACUCUGACCAGGGAUGCGGGUGUUUUAGACGCUGCUAAAUUGCGCUUUGCAAGGGUAAUGCGGUGGUGCCUGCAUCCGGACCUGCGUAGAUACGGGCUGGGGGAGCGGCUGCUGGAGGAAAGCUUGAGCCACCUAAAGUCCUUAGAGAGGGUGGAUGCCAUUGCCGCACAUUUUGGAGCAACUUCAUGGCUCAUCAAGCUGUGGCUGAGACAAGGGGCGCGUGUUGUUCAUCUUAGCCAUGGGUGUGAUCCCAGCAGCGGACAGCACAGUGUGAGCGUGCUCAUUCCACUGACUGAGCAAGCAGAGCGAGUUACGGAAGUCUUGCAGAUGCGACUGCAACAACAGCUUCCUGAGCUACUCUUAGGUCCCUUGGCUGAUCUAGCUGCUGAAGCUUUGCAAGAGCUGUUGAAGGAAAUUGGCUGCCGCAAAGCUGAUCAUCAAGAUCAACUUGAUGCCUGGAGCUUCGCUUUUGGAGCACGUUGUCUUUCGAACUGCAAGGUGGGGCUGCGGUCGGUGGUGUUGGAGGCUAGGGCGCUGGCCGCAAACCUGCCGGUCGGCAUGACACGCCUCAACAUCUCGCUAAGGCAUUGCUGCCUUGGCCGUGAUGGCGAGCAAGCCCUGAGGCCCUUGGCUCGCAGGUGGAAUGCAGUGCCACACAGCUGGGUCAGAGUCUACGAAAAGACAGCCGCCAGUGUAGGCUUGCAGCGAUGCUGUGAGUGGGACUUGUGGGAGGACUGA